CGCGCAUGCGCCCAGUGGACAAAAGGCGCUGGAGGAUCUGCAGCAGGUUAGAAACGGCAAAGAUUUUAUGUACAGGAAUCUCAAAACACAACAACGCAUCAGUGUUGCUGUCUCUGCCCAGAUAUUUAAGGAGUGACCAGAUAUUUCCCUUGUAACACCAAUAUACCUGUUGUUGAUCCUUGGAGAUGAAGAAGUGUCUCGUCCCAGCUGGAAAUGUACUUUGUGUCUGAAAUGAAGUUUUCUGUUGCAACUCAGUAAAAUCCACUGGAACCGGGUGUUGAGAACACAUCAGCAUUUGUUCAACUGCAUUGAUUGUGCGAGGGAUUCACUAUGUCUGACAUCUGACUUGAGACAUUGACAGCAGAGAGAUAUCAUUCACCUGCUCUCAGUGUAGGAAGCCAUUCACUCACUCAGCUGACCUGCAGACAUACCAGUGAGUUCACCUUGGGGAGAGGUCAUUCACCUGCUCUGUGUGUGGGAGGGGAACUACUCAGUCAUCCAGCCUGAAGAUACAUUAGCAAGUUCACACCACAGUGAGAGGGUUCACCUGUUCUGACUGUGGGAAGUGAUUCAUACUGUCAUCCAAGUUGACGAUAUAUCCAGGAAUUAGCAACAGUGACAGGCUGUUCACCUGCUCCAUGUCUGGGAAGAGAUUCACUCAUUUAGCCGUCCCAUAGACACACCAGUGAAUGCAUAAAGGAGGGGGACCAUUCAUUUGUUGCAUAUGUGGGAGCGAAUUCACACAAGGGAGAGUCUGUUCACCUGCUCAGACCAUCCAAAGUGAUUAACUCACUCAUCCCAUCAGUUCACAGUGGGGAGAUGUCAUUCAUCUGCUCAGACUGUGGGAGGGGAUUUACUCAGUUACAUCAACUGAAGGUACAUCAGCGAGUUCACACUGGGGAGAGGCCAUUCACCUGCCCAGACUGUGGGAAAGUAUUCACUCAGUUAUCUGAAUUGAGCAUACAUCAGCGAGUUCACACUGGCGAGAGACCAUUCAUCUGCUCAGACUGUGGGAAGGAAUUCUCUCAGUCAUAUCAAUUGAAUGUACAUCAGCGCAUUCACACUGGGGAGAGGCCGUUCACCUGCUCAGAUUGUGGGAAAGGAUUUACUCUGUCCUCUCAACUAAUGGUCCAUCAGCGAGUUCACACUGGGGAAAGGCCGUUCACCUGUUCUGUGUGUGGGAAGGGAUUUGCUCAGUCGUCCAGUCUGCAGACACACCAGUCUGUUCACACGGGGGAGAAGCCAUUCAAAUGCUCAGACUGUGAGAAAAUAUUCACUCGGUCAUCUGACCUAUUGGCACACCAGUCAGUUCACACUGGGGAAAUGCCAUUCAUCUGCUCAGACUGUGGGAAGGGAUUCACUCAGUCAUCCCAACUACAGAGACACCAGCGAGUUCACACCGGAGAGAGGCCGUUCACGUGUUCUAUGUGUGGGAAGGGAUUCACUCAGUCAUCCAACCUACGGAGACACCAGUCAGUUCACACUGGGGAGAGACCGUUCACCUGUUCAGACUGUGGGAAAGGAUUUCCACGCUCAUUUCAACUGAAGGUACACCAGCGCAUUCACACUGGGGAGAGGCCAUUCACCUGCUCGGACUGUGGGAAGGGAUUCACUCAGUCAUCUGAACUGAAGGUACAUCAGCGAGUUCACACGGGAGAGAGGCCAUUCAUCUGCUCAGACUGUGGGAAGGGAUUCACUCACUCAUCCAACCUACAGACACACCAGCGAGUUCACACUGGGGAGAGGCCAUUCACCUGCUUCGAUUGUGGGAAGGGAUUCUCUCGGUCAUUUCAACUACUGGCACACCAGCGAGUUCACACUGGGGAGAAGCCAUUCACCUGCUUCGAUUGUGGGAAGGGAUUCUCUCAGUCAUCUCAACUGAAGGUACAUCAGCGAGUUCACACAGGAGAGAGGCCGUUCAUCUGCUCAGACUGUGGGAAGGGAUUCAUUGUCUCAUCUCAACUGAUGGUACAUCAACGUGUUCACACUGGGGAGAGGCCUUUCACCUGCUCAGACUGUGGGAAGGGAUUCACUACCUCAUCCCAACUGAAGGAACAUCAGCGAGUUCACACUGGUGAGAGACCAUUCACCUGCUCAGACUGUGGGAAGGGAUUCACUCAAUCAUCCCAUCUGCAGACACACCAGCGAGUUCACACUGGGUGAGGCCAUUCGCCUUCUCUGUCUGUGAAAAGAGAUUUCGUUAGUCAUCUCAACUGACGGUACAUUGGCGACUUCAAGCCUGUCCUGUAUGAGGAAGGAGGUUUACCGAUGAAACCACCUGCUGACAAAUCACCAAGUUCACACAGGGGAGACAGUUUAGAUAACUCUGUGUUGAACUUUUAACCAUUAUGUUUGGUGAAUCCAGUUGCAAGUUGAAAAGUGACUGUUGGUGUCAGAUUCUGCAGUUAUUGCUACUGUUUAUCACAUCUGGAACUGAACCUUGGUCACUGGGCAUGGGAGGGGUUUGUUCUGAUGACAUUAGCCUUUAAUUGGACUGGAGUUAAAUAUUGUGGAUUCAUCAGAAAUAAAUAAGUCCUAUUUUCAAUGCUGACUCUGCAUGCAAACAAUGUACAGUAGAGAGACCAUUCCUCUUGUCGGAUCUCAGUUAUUUUCGAUCCUGGGUUCUUCUACAAUUUCAGGAAUGAGCAUGAAACUUUGAUUUUCACCAUCGUAUAUUUAUUAAGUUUAAACAAAGAUUUAAAACUUUGCAUUUUAAAUUAAAUGAUGAACCGAGAAGCACAGCAGAGAUUCAAUAAAAUGAUGGCACCUUUGAAAAAUCUAUCAUCUCUAUACUCAAGAUAACCAAAUUUCCUUUGAUUACAGAAUCCAAUUAAAAGGCAACACAAUUCUAACACGUGUAUAAUGUGCGAACACAGGCAAUUAAACAGUGCAAAGUUGUAUGUAACUGCUAUACCACCUUCUGCCAGUAAGUGGAGACAAACUUCCACACACUGUGAAAAGUACGCAUCUGUUACAGGUACAUAAUUAUGAAAUAUAUAAAUUAUCUCAGUAUAAAAUCUGUGAUUAAAAUGACAAUUUUGGCCUUGCAUGAAUUCAAUUAAUAUUUUAUAAAAAGUAUUUUAAAAAACAGCUGAUUCCACCAGUCCCCCCUUUGCUUCUAUAAGGUUCUCUGUUAGAAUCACCACAUCUGAAAGUUCACAGGUGGAAAAACUGGAAGUAUCUACAUUACAGAGUAAUUAAAAGCUACUUCAAUUGUAUAAUAUCAAAGAGUUUACGUGUUCUUAAAAGCAUUUAUAGUACUGUAUUAAAUCAUGAUUGGAUAUAUUAGGAAUAUCGAUACGAGUUUUGACUAUUCUAGUAAUAAUCACUUUUAACAAACAAAAAUGUAGAUUAUGUUAAUGCGUAUUAAUAUGAAUAUUAUGACAUUUAAUAUUGAGUAACUAUGUUUCAGGGCUGGCCGCUAUUCAGGUGGAACAUUCCUUACCCUUAACUGCACGUGUUCCUGCCCCCACCCUACAUCUGCUAGGAGAAGAUCUAAUGCCACGUGAUUCUGAAGAACCAUUUUGCUCAUUGCAUCCAUUUCUCUCAUUACCUUGCCAAAAUGAUGGGCAAGUUCAAGCAGCAGUAACCCGUUGAGAAACAGACUACAUAACUUGGGUACAACAAUCAAUUAAACUGUCUGCCAUAACGUGCAGAACAGCGUCUCUGAGAUUGAGAGUGCCCGGUAGUAAAAUAGGUUGUCCUGUUACCACUUCAGAUAGACUACUGUCAUAUGGCCAAACUCCAUUGUUGUUUAACAACUCACCAUUUUCCAUCCAGUACCACUUUACCUCAUUUGAGCACUGAUCCUGCAUUUCUCGAAUAUCUUGUAUGUUCACUUGUGAUACAGAGUUUAACUUAUUUUCCAUAGUAUCAGUUCUCUAAUUUUCUUCUAUUUCCUUUAAUCCUUCACUUGCUCUUCUUGCAAUUUUGUUUGCGGAAGGUGUUUCCAUGGCUUUCCAUUGUCAUUAUCGAGUCACCCUUACAUUUCAAUACAGCAACUUUACAUUUCAAUACAGAUGGUAGUUGUAUGACCUCCAUAAUUUCUCUUACUAAUUGGCCAUUUUAGUUGCAGUUCCUACAGCUGUAAGACAUCUUUGUCUCCGGAUUUCUAAAGACAUGAACGACUCUGAAAUCAUGUUGACAAUCCACGUAGAUGUUAGCUGAUCUUCCAUCUGCUAGCUUACAGGCUUCAAUCAAAGCUUUCCGUUCUGUCCGUUGUGCAGAGGUACCAGGGACCAUGUUAGCUGAGGUCAUAACUUCAUUUUCUGUCACAACAACCAUUCACAUUCCUCCCUCAAUGGUUGAGGAAGGAGAAGUGUACAGAAUCAGCUCUGGGUUCAAUAAAGGCACUUCUUUAUGGUAGUUUGCAUCUUCUUGACAUGUUAUUGUCCUUGUACAGUCAUGAUCAUCAUAAUCUUCCUUGUCCACUGACAACAAUACAGCUGGAUUUGCUGGACUGGCUCGUUGAAUGAUGAUAUUAGGUGAAAAGACCAUUCAAUGACCAUGUAAUUCUUGACAAACAUUUCCAGUGGAAUAUGUUGCUUGGUCAGAGUCAAUGUGACAUGGCAAUCUCCAUCUCGAAAUAUAGUCCUGAAUCAGAGUUUUGUCUCUGUGUGUGGCAGUGGCUUUUCUUGCUGGGAUGGCUUCCACCCAUCCUGAAAUUUGUCCACUCAUCUAACACAUCUGAAUAUCCUUGGCACUUUGGUAAAGUAAUGUAUUCCACUUGUAGAUGGAAAAAUGAACCAAGUGGGGCAGGAACCCGGAGUCGUGGUAUCUUUUCUGUUGAUCCGGGGUUUGUUUUCUGACACGUCAUACACCUUUCAACUGUUUGUCAAGCUUGCAUCCUGAACUUUGCAUCCACCACCACUGGGAG